GCAGGAUCAUGUGCAUUCGAUUGCAGCGCAAAAGCUGCCAAGUUCGUACAGUUGAAAAUUGUUGACACCGGUUUCCAUGGCUGGGCGCCGUCUGUUCAAAGGGAAUAACUAAUCAAUCUAUUUAACGUCAUUGAAGUCUUCCUGAUGAUUAUGUGAGUGUGCGGGAGACCGCUAAUCCACCAAAGAUGUCAGAGACUCCGUCCAAUAUCGAGCGUCUUCCACUAGAGCAUCCCCUACCUGAUGAGAUUCAGGAGAUGACUCGUGAUGAUACGGUCUGUAAGUUCUGCGGUGUUAGUUACCUCAUCCAUCAUGAGGUCAAGAGACUAGAGAAAGAGCUUGAGAAAGUGGAAGCAGAGCUUCAGAAAUACAAGGGAUGUGAAGAGCGAGAAAGGGUGCUCAAGAUUGAAGUAGAGAAACUCAAAACAAGCUUGUCAGAAAAAGAUAUGAUUCUACAUGACAGAGAGGCAAGCAUCGAGCAUCUGAAAUCAAACAUCAAGGUCAAAGAGGAUGAACUAUGGAAAGCCAUACAGCAAGCCGAGGCUGCUCAAAAGCAAUUAGAAAGUGAAACGGCUGCAAGCAACAAACUCAGGGAAUGGAGAAAGGAUAUGAUGCAGAGACUGCCUCUGCUCAAAGCUUCUCUCUCAGAUGAAAAACAGGCUCUAGGGAGUGUGAAGUCUGAAUUCAAAGACUAUCAAAACAAGAUGGCUGCCAUCAAUAAGAAGAUCACAGGGGUCAUACAGAAAGUGUGCAAGAAAGAGAAACAAGUGGUUGAAGGUAUCUUAUCAAGGGCCACUGAAGCAGAGAAACUUUCCUCCUCUCUCCAAUCUCAACUCACUGAUGCUCAGCAACAGAUGGCAUCAAAUAGCACACACGGCCAAAUGUUACAAGAAGCUGAAGAUAGGAUUAGGCAGAUGACGAGUCGCUAUGCUGAGCUCGAAGCAAGAGAACAGGAAUUGCAGGAUAAGCUUCAGAAAGCUUCAACUGAGGUGAGAUCUGCCAAGUCAGAAGCUAUUCAGUUCAAAGAAAUUUUAAGAAAUAAAACCCAAGAAGUGGAGGAUAGUCAACGGCAGAGAGCGAAACAUGAACAGUUCCUUAGCAACAGCAUCAACAAGCUACAGGAGGAGCUGCGUUGCCGGGCGGAGGAGGCUCAGGAUUAUCAGCGAGAGCUUGGAGAGCUGAAGGAGAGAGAGGCGGAGAGGAAGAGGAGAGUGGACAGUAAUCUCAAUACCAAGAUGGAGGCAUCGGCCAGAGAGUUGAGACAGCUUCAAGAGGCUUUAGAUAAUGCCAGGAAGGACUGCUCUGCACUCAGAGAUGAAAGGGAAGCUAUGGUGGCCUCUCAUCAACAUCGCAUUGAACAACUCAAGCAGAGCUUUGCUCAGCGGAUACAAGAAGCUGAUGGCUGGCCUGAAAAGUUGAAUGAAAGCUUAUCCAAGGAGAGAGAGAAACAUGCCCAGGAGAUAGCCAGCCUGGAAGAGAGACUACACAAGUCAUUCCAAGUGGACUUGGAGAUUCAAAAGCAGAGGAACGAUGAACUGAUCUUGAAAUACAAGCAAGAACUGAGCAGUGCUGAAACUAAGAUGAAAAACAACAUCCAACGUGAGCGAGACUCAUUAAAGGCUCGACUAGACAGCCUGGAGAGGGAGCUCUUUGAUUCUAAGAAGUUAUCUAAUGACCAGGAGAAGGGAUUGAGGGAAGAGAUUGAGAGUCUAAAGAGGAUUACAGCUGAACUUAGGAAACAUGUUGCGGAAGGAGACAGUCGUAAUACAGGUGAGUUCCAGGCCAUGAGAGCAGAGUUACAGGAAGCAGAACAAGACCUGGCCUCAGUACAGAGAGAUAAACUAGAGCUGCAGAAGAAACUUGAUCAGAACAAGGAAGAGGUUGCUUUCCUGCAAGAGACUGUCGGGAGGGAGUGUGAGGAGAGAUUAGAGUUAACAGAAGCUCUGAGCAAAGCUAGAGAGCAGCUUCUAGUUCAUCAACGAGGUACAUCCAUCGCUAACAGCACCAGCACUGGACGGUCAUCACACUCUCAGCUUAGCCUGGGUGGUAGCUCAUCACCACACCAACCAACGAGCCCCAAGGGGAAUCCCCCUAGUGGGUUGAGGAGGGGUAGCGGUGGAGGGGGGCAGUCAGGAGGGAGUAAGGGUGCAAGGAAUUCAGGCUCAGGUGGUGGUGGGAGUUUAAAUGACAGUAGGAAUAGGAUAGCAACCGUGCUAGGGAAGAAAGAACUGAAGAUUCAGAUUAACGCAGGACAGUGAGGUGCAGGGGUGUAGACUGGUUCUACCAGGGGGCACUCAGGGUUGAGUAAUAGCUUGAGGAGGGGUAGUGGUGGAGGGGGGCAGUCAGGAGGGAGUAAGGGUGCAAGGAAUUCAGGCUCAGGUGGUGGUG